AUGGGUGGGCUGAAAAACAUCCUCCUGGCCCUCGUGCCAAUUGUCUCAUUGAUUGCAGCUGUGCCUACAUCUGAUGUUGGAUCUCAACUCAACUACGUUCCUAAGAGUUACAUAAUCCAAUUCAAAGAAGACGUUGAUGUAGCUGCUCACGCUCAAUGGGCUCGAAGCGUUCACACUCGCAACCUGUCAAGAUACAGAAAACGGGCACUGCCCGAGGGCCUCGAUGGGGUCAAGACCAUAUUUCGUCAGUUCAGAGGAUACAUCGGAGACUUUGAUGAUCUGACAAUUGAGGAGAUCAGAGCGCAUCCAAACGUCUCUUACGUUGAACAAGAUGAAGUGUUCGAGGCAUUUCAAAUUCCAUCUGGCUCAGUGUCGGACGUCCAGAGCCCGGUCACUCAGGCCAAUGCUACAUGGGGUUUGAGUCUCAUCUCCCACCGAGAUCUGGGUGCGACCGACUAUAUCUAUGAUGCCUCCGCAGGCGAGGGCCACUACGCCUACGUUCUUGACAGCGGCAUCAAUGUAGACCACGUCGACUUCGGGGGUCGCGCGUCUCUGGGAUACAACGCUCUUAAUUCGCAGGAUCACGUUGACGACACUGGUCAUGGUACGCACGUUGCGGGCACGAUCGGUUCUACUACUUACGGAGUCGCAAAAAAGUGCAACCUUGUCUCGGUCAAGAUCUCAAAUGCAACGAAUUGGUCCUUCUCCGCCCUGAUUGAUGGCAUGGACUGGGCGCUCAAUGACAUGAUUGUUAACAAUCGGACUGAGAAGUCGGUCGUUAACGUCUCUGGUGGGGGGCCAACAUCUACCGCAGUCAAUAACGCGGUACUCGCAGCAUAUCGAAAAGGUAUGACUUUGGUUGCCGCAGCAGGCAACGGAAAUCGUGUCUCCACCUGGAUCUCGCCGGCCGGUGCCAACGGUGCCAUCGCCGUCGCGAGUGUCGACAGGGAGAGGAGGCGCGCCGCGCUCUCCAAUUAUGGGCCUGGCAUCAGUGUGUUCGCACCGGGCGAGGACACACUCUCUACGUGGAUUGGCAGCGACACGGCAACGCAUGUCACAAAUGGCACCUCGAUGGCUUCGCCGCACGUUGCUGGUGUCGUGCUCUACCUGCAGAAACUGGAGGGCCUGAGCACGCCGGAUGCGGUCAGAGCUCGCCUGGAGGAACUUGCGAUCAAAGACGUAGUCCAGGAUGCCCAGAACAGUCCCAACAGGCUGUUGUACACGGGUGCGGCGUAG